UUUACGUGAUGACGUAGGUACGUGGCGACUUACAGCUGCAUUGUUGUGGGGGAAGAGAAUCCCUAUCUGCCGCUGAGCUGUGCCACUUCCUACUGAUAUUUUGUUGUCCAAACGGUCAGUAGUUAUUCACAUACAUACGUAAAACCACAGGAACAAUCCCCGUCGCCCUGGAUACCAGUCAGUCACUUCCACUCGGUUCAGCUAGAGCCACGACUGCCGUUGGAUGGAACGGCCCGACUGUGGAUUUCACUGCCGCUGUUAUCUACAGGCCGCGUCGCCAUUGCUACCAUUUCUAUAAACUGAGCUCGUGAAAAAACAGAGAAUCCUGAUAUCUUCAUCAUGAAGAAAAAAUGCAAAAAUCGGCGCUCUACCACGCUAAAGAGGGAGUCUUCUCCUAUCAAGCCCUCCCCCAACAGAGAGACUCUCACAUACGCACAAGCUCAGCGAAUGGUGGAGCUGGAAGUGGAUGGCCGAGUGCACCGGCUCAGCAUAUACGACAAGCUGGAUGUCAUCGUCGACGACGACCCUAUGGCUCAGGAGAUCUUGGAGUGCAAUAGUAACAAAGAAAACAACGAGAAGCCCCAGCAGGUUCUGGUUCGCUCUGUACGUCUCAAAAUGAACCAGCAGAAGAAGAGUGGUGCUCUCACUGCUUCACAUGGCAGCAGCUUGGGCAGCCUCCUGGAGCCAAAGGUCAGGAUGGUAGAGUACAAUCUGCCGGUGGUGCCAAAAAGGCCGGCCAUGUAUUACAAAUACUCUGAGAGGACAACCGAGGAGCUGGAUGAGGAAGUGGAGUACGACAUGGACGAGGAGGACUAUGCCUGGCUUGAGAUCAUUAACGAGAAGAGGAAGAGCGAGGGUAUUGGCCAGGUGUCACACAAUCUCUUUGAGUUUCUCAUGGACCGCUUUGAGAAAGAGUCGUUCUUAGCUACACAGGGCCAGAGUGACCUGCAGUCACUUGUGGAUGAAGAUGCUGUUUGCUGCAUCUGCAUGGACGGAGAUGGAGCUGACAGCAAUGUCAUUCUCUUCUGUGACUCGUGCAACAUCGCUGUGCACCAGGAGUGCUACGGCGUGCCGUACAUUCCAGAAGGUCAGUGGCUGUGCCGUCAUUGCCUACAGCGUCCAUCACGGCCGGCUGAGUGCCUCUUUUGCCCAAAUCGUGGAGGAGCUCUGAAAAAGACAGAUGAUGAUCGCUGGGGCCACGUGGUUUGUGCCAUGUGGGUCCCCGAGGUUGGCUUCUCUGAUACAGUUUUCAUCGAGCCCAUUGAUGGCGUCCGCAACAUCCCCCCCGCCCGCUGGAAACUCACAUGCUACCUGUGCAAGGCCAAGGGCGCUGGGGCCUGCAUCCAAUGCGACAAGAUCAACUGUUAUACCGCAUUCCAUGUCAGCUGCGCCCAGAAGGCGGGCCUUUACAUGAGGAUGGAGCCUGUCAAAGAGUUCACAGAGUCUGGGACCACCACCUUUUCUGUGAAGAAGACUGCCUACUGCUGUAGCCACACACCCGAAGGUUGCGACCAGCGGCCUCUCAAUGUCUACGACGAGCUCCGUCUCAAGAACGGAGCCUGUCACAAGCGGGCAGAAAAGAGGGGGAAGCCUCGCUCCAAAAGCUGGCAGAAGAAAAAGAUGAAAAAAGCAGAGUCAGAACCUGAACUAGAACCUGAAACCCAAGCUAACCCUGGGCCCAGUGUCACUGCAUCAAGUUUUGAUGCAAUCUUGAACCAGGUAGCAGUUCAGAGGAAGCGGCAGUUUGUUGAGCGGCUGCUGAGUUACUGGGUGCUGAAGAGGCAGUCGAGGAACAACGUGCCUCUGAUCCGCCGUCUGCAGGCCAACCCUCAACCCUCUAAAGCUCAGCAGCAGAAGGAGCGUAUGGAGACAAAUCAGGCUCUGAAGGAGCAGCUGAAAGUGUGGCACCGUCUGCGCCAUGACCUGGAGCGAACCCGGCUGCUGCUGGAGCUCAUCAGGAAGCGGGAGAAGCUGAAAAGGGACGAGAUAAAGCUGCAUCAGUCAGUGCUGGAGCUGCAGCUGACUCCUUUCAACAUCCUGCUGAGAGCUGUGCUCAGUCAGCUACAGGACAAGGACCAGUACAGCAUCUUCGCACAGCCUGUCUGCAUUAAGGAGGUCCCAGACUACCUGGAGCACAUCAGUAAGCCCAUGGACUUCUCAACUAUGAGGAAACGAAUUGAUUCUCACAGUUACUGCAGCCUGGAUGAGUUUGAGGAUGACUUUAACCUCAUAAUUAGUAACUGCAUGACGUACAAUGCCAAGGAAACAUUCUUCUACAAGGCGGCUCAGAGGAUGCUGGACCACGGAGGGGUCAUCCUACGGAGAGCUCGCAGAGAGGUGGAUCGAAUUGGCUUUGACUUCCCCAGCUGCUUGCACUUGCCAGAAGCCCCGCAGCUGGAGGCCCCAGCUCCUUUCUCCUGGGAGGACGUGGACCGGCUGCUGGCACCCUCCUACCGUCAGCACACGCAGCUGGAGGAGCAGCUGAAGGAGCUUCUGGAGAAGCUGGACCUGAGUACGGCCAUGAAGCACAGCCCGUCCCGCACCAAGAGGCUGAAGCUCCUCAAGAAGACCAUAAUGGAAGUCCGCAGCCAGAUUGGCUUAAAGAAAUCAUUUCCACAUCCACCACUCCCUGCCCUGGAUCUCCCACAAUGCUCCAGCAAGUGUGAGGAAAAGCUGGGUCCGGCAAGUCCAUUAGUUCCCGUCCCUCUACCGGCAUCAGAGCGGCUCAGCUCCUCAUUUAAGCCUGACGUCUCACCAAGUGGCUCAGUACCCCCCACUCCAAAGCCUGUUGCCCACCUGUCAGAGCAGGCUCCCUUUCAGCUUGAUGACAACACCAACUCCUCUACCUCAAAACCCCCUCAACCCACCAACAGGCCCCUCCCAGGCCAGCCGCUGCCCAACAGGAACUUGCCUUCUGAAUUAUCAGGUAGCUCCCCCCAGCGCACAAUCUUCCGUAAAUCCAAGAGUGCUAGCCCCCAGAAAGCACCCAUGACCCCAGAGCUGCCUGCUGCAUCGCCACCCCUCCUGGGUGCCAAAACCUUCCUGUCGGUGGUGAUCCCUCGCUUGGAGACCCUGCUGGUCCCCAAGAAAAGGACCCGCAGCAGCAGUGCUGAAGACGAGGAGGAAGAAGAGAAAGAGGAGGAAGAGACGCCGAUCAAACGUCUUGGCACAGGGUUAACCAAUGGUUUCUUGGUGGAGGAGAACUUGGAUUCUGUGUCUCCACGCAUUCUGGAGCCGCGGCGGCGAUGCGCCUCAGAGUCCAGCAUAUCAUCUAGCAACAGCACCAUCUAUGACUCCAGCACUUUCAUGGUGCCUAAAGGUGUAAAGGGUCGUCCUACGGCGGCGAGGCGAAGCACUGUAGACGACCAAAGUUCUGUAAUGAGCUGUGCUGACAAUGGACAAUUCCCAAAGACUGCCAAGAUUUCUUCAGAUCGUGAAUCCCAGAGUUCGGAGGACGUCAUGUCAGCACAGCAGGGUGGAGCUUCCCAUUCCACCAUUGGACGUUCUCAGAGCCGGAGAGCAGAUGCAGUUCAGGUCCGCAGAGAAACUCUUCCUCGUCCGCUUCUUCGACAGCAAGCGCAACUGGCAAUGGCUUCCUAGAUCCAAGAUGGCUCCGUUUGGGAUCAACCAGAGCCUGGAUAGAGUGAAGCUGAUGGAAGCUCGUGCUUCCUCCAUCAGGAGAACUGUGCGGCUCGCCUUCGAUCAGGCCAUGAAGCAGCUGAACUCUGUCAGAGAGAAUCUGGAGGUGAAUGGUGGCGGCAGCGGCCUCGCUGCCACACGCUAAUCCCUGUCCGUCCCAGCAGCUCCACCAACCAUCGCCUUUUACCUUCAUGAUCCAUGCAGAGAGGACUUUCUGCCUCAUACGCACAACACAAACACUCAUGUUUACCCAUCCCCCUGCUUGGAGUCCCACAAUGACUCACUGUAGUCAAAGCUAUGCAAACGAAGAGCUCAGCGUUCAGUUGGGAGGACUGAACCUGGUGAAUGUGUCGGUGCUCGACCUCUGACCUCUUAAAAUGUGCUGCUGUGAGAUCCUCCAUCUGUCAGUGUAUGAGCACUGCAGCAGCUCAUGUAAAUAUCACACACACAGCCUGACACUAAUUUAUUCACUCUUCAGUUUUAUUUGGUACACACACUCUGAUUUUGGACCUUCAAAGGUAGGUGUGACGAAUGGUCGCCGGUGCUGCUGGUCCUGCUGGUGCUAUCUCUACAAAGAGAACAAACAUGCAUACUGUAUUGUUGUUUUUUUUUUUGUUUGUUUUAUAACUUAUUGAGAUCUCCUGCAUCAAGUUCUUGUUUCUGGCAUUAA